AUGGGGCAGACACAACAAACAGAGAACAGUCCGGAGGUUGAUGUCAGAAUAAUUCAGGAUAUGUAUAGAAAGUUUGUCAUGGAAUGCCCAAGUGGACUACUUUUUCUGCAUGAGUUCAAGCGUUUCUUUGGUGUGGACCCAACAGGGGAAGCUUCUGAUUAUGCGGAGAACAUGUUUCGAGCUUUUGACAGAAAUGGGGACAAUACAAUUGAUUUCCUUGAGUUCGUGGCAGCCCUGAAUCUUGUUCUCCGGGGAGACCUGGAGCAUAAACUGCGCUGGUCAUUCAAGGUGUAUGACAAAGACAGCAAUGGCUAUGUGGACAGGGACGAACUACGGUCAAUAAUUGAUAGCCUCUUUCGGAUAAAGAAAGGCUCAAAAACAGACACGGGUGAUACACAACUAACAGUAGAUGAGGUUGCGGAUCGAAUAUUUGAGGCCGUCGAUAGUGAUGGUGAUGGUCAUAUUAACAUGGAGGAGUUCAUUAGAGGCGCACAGCAGGACCCAUGGGUGCUCAGCAUGUUAAAGCUGGAUAUGAACCCUGCUGGAUGGGUGCUGGAGCAGCGGAGAAGGAGUGCACACUUCUGAAAUGACACAGGCCCUCACA